GUAGUGUAGACAUGUCCACCUACACUUGGUUGGUAUGUGUGUUAAUACUGCCUUCAAUUAGUGCCCUUUAUUUCCACAUGUGGGAAACAGAUGUUAAGUGUUUUGUUGAGGAGGUCCCUGAUGAAACUAUGAUUAGUGGUAAAUAUAAAGUAGAGGUAUACGACGAUAAAUCAGAACAGUUCGUCAGCAAAGAUGGUAUCGGCAUGCACGUGGACAUCAAGGACCCGGAAGCAAAAGUAAUUCUCUCGAAGUACUACACAAACGAAGGACAGUUUGUCUUCACCACGCACACCCCGGGGGAGCACCACAUUUGUCUCAGUCCCAACUCUACUCGGUGGUUUAGUGGCGGCAGUCGCCUGCGUGUGUAUCUGAGUAUCGAUGUAGGAGAACACGCAAACGAUUACAAACAAAUCCAAGCCAAGGAGAAGCUGAGUGAGCUUCAACUGAGAGUAAGACAGCUUCUGGAACAAGUUGACCAGAUAACUAAGGAGCAGAAUUAUCAAAGGAGUCGGGAGGAAAGAUUCAGAUUUACCUCUGAGAGCACCAACAACAGGGUACUGUGGUGGGCAGUUGCUCAGACCAGUAUUCUGCUUCUCGUCGGAGCGUGGCAGAUGCGGCAUCUCAAGGGCUUCUUCGAGGCUAAGAAACUCGUGUAAAUCUUGAACUCUGUAAAUUUCUAUGCGAUUUGUUUAAUUAUCUUUGAAUAGUCUUGGGUAGCAAGAUUGGGGAAGUUCAGUAAUUUAUAUUCGUUGCUUUCUUUCAUUCCAUCGACCCCCUUCAGUCAGUACAUAUUUAGCUGUAGAUAGAGGAUAUUGCCGCCUUAAAUUGCGAUUUGACAUAAACGAAUAUUACUAUGUUUAGUUUAUCUUUUAUAUAUUCAGUAAAAUUUGUUGGUAUACAAUGUAUCAUUUUUGGUAUAUAAUGUGUCAUUUUCUUCGUUAA